CUCUGAGGUCAGAUUGAAAUAAUUUCCCACCCGUCUUCAGACAAGCCUGUUAGUUUACAUUUAUAGGCCACUAACACGCUGUGCUAUUUCACGGGGUGGUGGGGGGUUUGACAGAAGUCAGUCCUAGAUCGAGAGGGCGGGGUUUGCCACACUUUAGGCCAAUUCUUGGGCAGGAGGGCGGGACUAGUCAGACUUGGAGCCAAUCCUAGUCCGGCCAUGUCCGAAUAUGGGUGGGUUUUAGUAUAUCUUCAGGGACGAUGCCCUCUAGUGCCCGAAAACGGUAUUGGCUGACAGACAGGGUGGGCGUGGCUAACGUUCACAGGACAAAGGAAAACCCUGACGGGAAGCUGAGCCGCUCCGGUGCCUCUAAAUCUGUUUUUAAGAACCAACAAAUGUUCGUUUUGAUCUGUUUCCACGUUUCCAAACUGAACUGGGACCAGAACCUGAGCCGGAGAACCAGAAGGUGAGACCUAAUCUAGAACCAUUGAUGUUCCUGAUUCACUGAAGGUUCUUCAUCCAGCAGAACUCAACAUCACUGAACAGAGCCAGGACUGAGCAGAUCUUUGGGAAAAGGAGAGCAUGAACGGGGUCCAGGCCGGUCCAUCAGCAGAAUGUCCAGGUGGCAGUGUGGACAUUGAGGGGCUGCCCCCUCUGCCUAAGGGUCUGAGCGGCAUCCUGAACUCCAGCGGCGGAUCCUGGAGGGACAUUGAGAAGGUUCACAGUAAAAGAACCAGAAUCCAGGCUGAUAUCAGCAAGUCCAGAGUGAGUGAAGCUCUGAACUUCAGCAGACCGGCCAGUCUGGACGCUGCACUGGCCAUGCUGAGGAAAGAGAUGGUUGGUCUGAGACAGCUGGACAUGUCUCUGCUGUGCCAGCUGUGGUCACUGUACGAGUCCAUUCAGGAGUAUAAAGGAGCGUUCCAGGACAUCUCCUCCGCGCUGGGCGAGAACUCCUUCACCACCGAGAAUGGAUUCUCCGAAGAGGAGGAGGAGGAGGAGGAAGAGGACGCUGUUGAGAGCGCAACCACAGACACCACACUGUGCUGCCCACAGCCUGCCCAAAACUCCCGCGACCAGUGGAUUAAAGACUCCUUCCAGAUUCCCCUCUAAAGACCAGCCUGACCACGGAUCGGCCACAAACUGACCACAGAUGACCUUCACACUGACCACGGGGGAGCCUCAGACUGUGUGUGGUUUAGCUUGGUGUGGUCAGUAUGUUCUGGACAGUGAACCGCAGGUUUAAAAUGCUGUUUAAACUCCACGUCAAACUUUCAUCGUGCAGCUUUAAGUGAGUAACUUCAGCACCAAACAGGUCACUGCGAGUAUAAACAUCCGGGCCGCUGAGUGGACUGGACACAGGUCAGUCUGAGCUGCUCUAAAAGUUCUUUCUUUGAACCGUCGCUGUGAACGGUCGCUUUACUGCCUCCUUUCUGUCCAGAUGACGGUCAGUACGGCGGUCAUUGUUCAAACGCUUUUCAUUUUGACCUUCAAACACAGCAAAAACACAGUGACUCACUUCCUGCUGCUGCGGACCAUAAAGACCGGAUGGAGGAAGAGGAAGUGAUGGUCAGACUUUAAUCUGAGAUACAUAAACAGAGCGAGAGAGAGAGAGAUCCUGUCAUCAGGAGAGAUCUGACUGACCCUUUAAACAUCUGACUGACCCUUUAAACAUCUGACAUUCUGCUCUGCUCCUGUAAAGUUUCCGUGAGAUUUUAUUCUGGCGAUAAUUUCAUUCAAAUCUAUUUCAGUUUAUUUAGUUUGUUUUGUAUCUGUUUGAAUAUGUAAAUAUCAGUUCAUGCACUCGUAGCUCAGUGAGUGUGAGGUGUGAGAUCAGCUCUGCUCUCAGAUGAUUUACUGACUCUUUAUUCUUCAGCCUCAGAAACACGAUACACACACAAUACUCACACGAUACAAUACACACAAUAGUUAUGAUACACACAACACACAGUACUCAUGAUACACACAUGAUGCUCACAUAAUACUCACACGAUAUACACACACAAUACU